GCCACACCCCCAAGCUCCUAGUAACAAAACAACAGCUUGUGUGUUAAAGUAUUCAAAAACAUUCCUCCCACUUUCUCUCUCCUCUUUUCUGUCUGUAAUAUGGAUUGGCUUUUAGAAGGGCUGGUUCAGUUUCUCACCUCUCCACUUUGGAAGUAUCACAUAGAAGAUUUUGUUGAUCAGAAUUGCUUGAUUUUUGAUGCUGGAGAGGAAAACAAGUUCACUUAUACAGACGUCCAUCAUGAAUACAAAGCAAUAGUCGAGAAGCUGCUACAGAACUUCUUCUUACAAGAGCUACAUAUGACGUUUUCUGAGCUAAUGUCUGCCUGUUCUGAUGGUUUUGCUAAAAAUAAACGAUUCAAGGAAUUGUUCAAGCCUUUAAUGGCAGUUGAGGACUUUCUCCUAUUCAAAUCAAUAAUGGUCCAAAGGAAUAUCCGUUUGAAUGAGGAAGCAGAAAAAGCUUUUGAGAAGCAGCAACAAGCAGCAAAGCAUAACAAGUACCAACUUUUAUCAAAGAAGAGAGAGAAAAAUGAAAAUAUGAAGGAAAAACCGACAGGAGCUACUUCGGAGGAUACUCAAUAUGACGAUGAGGAACUUGCUCGGAUUCUAAUUGAGAGCAAAAUUGAGUAUGAGCGACAAGUGAGCCAAGAAGAGGAAGAGUUUGCAAGACUUUUAAGACAAGCAACUGAGGAGAGCUUGAAGUAUUAUGAGACGGAGAUGAAGACACAGCAUUACCUGAACUUACCCACUGCUCACGUUAAAGCAACUCCUCUUGAAGACUCUGUUUUACCAGCACCCGGAGAUUCGCAAUCUCCUGAUAUUGGCUCUACAACACAUGAGGAUAUCGAUCCACCUCAUUCACCAAUGAGAGCUGAAAUAGAGCAGGACACUGUCCCUCCUGAAUCAACUGAAGAAUCAAAAGCUACCAUCCCUUCUGUACAAAAUACCACCACUGCAGGUUCACAAUCAAAAGCAACCAACUCUUCUGUACAAAAUACCACCACUGCAGGUUCACAAUCAAAAGCUACCAACUCUUCUGUACAAGGGACCACCACUACAGGUCCACAUGAAGAAGAGAGUAGCAUUACCAGUACAAAGCCAGCUAUUGGUGUUCACAUUAAUGCAAGUGAAUCUAAAGAUUCAACUAGCCAAGAUUCAGCUCUAUUGUGGCUUGAAAGUGCCAAAGCUGAAACAGCCAUUAGUCACGAGAGCACACAGGUGAGCCACACAGUAACUAGAAGCAGUGAUUUAAAGACAAGAGAGGAUUAUCUCAAGGCAAAGCGAGACAGCAUCAUAGCAAAGAAGAAAAAAGAAAGAGAGAGCGAGCUUCAAGAUUAUUUGAAAGCUAAUCCAAAAUAUACAGCAAGUGAAGGAGUAGACACAUCUUCACUUGAAACUUUAGAAGAAGCAAGUGAUGAGCCCUCAAAACCAGUGGAACUGGAAUAUAAAAAGAAUAAUAAAGGUUGGAGGAAUAAACUUAGCAGAAAGAAACCAGUACUAACUCCAGAUGUUGCUGAUAAAAUUAAAUAAAAAUAAUAAUAAUAAUAAUAAUACAAUAAGUUAAAAUUAUCAAAAACAUUAUUUUUGGUUGAUAAAUGAUUUAUAGCCAA